CCUGGACUAUAAGGACACAUGCACACGACGAUCACACGCGGACCGACAAUGUACAUAAUUCAUAAGUUUGAUGACGCUGUACUGUUCACGGCAUAAAUUAUGAUUAGUGGUACUGCUGGAGUUGUGAUACUGGCGCUGCCGUACGUAUACGUGUACCUUGUAAGGAGAAAGUGAAAACGACUGCAAUCGCAGUUGCAAUCAAAACACGAUCGAAAGGAGUCUGCUGUUUGUCCCAUCGGCUCGAUUUAGUAAAUCUACAUCCACAGGGGCUGCACGAGACAACCGUGAACACCGAUCGACAACAAAAUGGAGAUAUUUCAGCUGGGAUUCUUCCUUCUGCUAGCUACUUUGUGUGUUGGGGUAACGAACACGACAACUCGAUUGCAAUUUGACCGUAAUCAACACGAAAAUCAAGGCGGUCAUUGCCCUCAUGACUUUGAAAGAUACAACCCGAACGAUGAUCCCGGAUGUCCGGGCGAGUGUCGGGGGGACCAAGACUGCAGCAAUGGGGAGAUGUGCUGCGUCGAGAACCGGGACAGAAUCCAUCACCGCAGCUCCAUCGGAAGCAAUUGCCCCGUCUGCUCGCCACCUGUAUACGGAGUGGGAUGUUACUAUGACACGUACUACGGUGAAUACGAGUAUUACCAAGAUGACGCGAUUUUCUCGCCUGAAUUCGGCGGCUGUGCAAUUUGUCAAUGCCUCAAUGGAAAUAUCAACUGCUACAAUACCUGUGAUAAUCCCUUUGCACUUAGGGAAUGGAUUGUGCCCGGCAUCACCAUGGGAGUAGCUCUGUUGGUCGUUCUGUUUGCCUCUUUGUCCGUGUGCUGCUGCGUGAAGUGUUGUCGCAAGACCAGGGAAAGAACUGUACACUACGGAGCCGGAAUGCAGGUUCAAAGGCCUCAUAACUUCCAUACCUCCCAGCAUACUGCGCGUGCGGAAGACAAGGCCCCACUCACCAACUACGACAUGGCUUAGACAGUCUCCAGCUUCGCGUCAUUUAUUUUCUGGACAAUGAACCCUGAUACUAGGGGAAGUCCAUCCAUCAUGUUUAUUCCGUUUGGCCCAACAUUUCACAAUGACUGUGUCGUUGUUAAGACAUGCAUUUUGCAGGUUGCAAAACAGCGAUUUAAGAGUCUGCAUGCAAUUAGUCUGAAGUAUUCCAGAUAUGGUGUACUGGUAUUAAAUAGCUGCUGUACAUUUCAGAACUGAACCCUACGGAAAUCUUGAAAUGUUGUGUAACGUCUAUACAUUAGUCUAUACUUAACGGGUUUUUUUUCAAAAUAAGUGAAAGACUUAAGGAAAAAUAGUCUUUUGUUGAAAACUGUACUUACUGAUUUAUCUGUUAUCGGUUUUAAGCACGCUACACGCAUUUUUGCUUACUUAACAUUAAUAGAUAAACUAUACUCCUAAAUGGAUCAUAAAAGUGCGGACAAAACAUCCAUUUUUAAAUGCAAGUUUUUGGGUUUGAAUUAAAAUAGCUCUCCGGGUAUCAGAAUAUCAGAAUGUUAUUAAAGAGACGAAUUUUACAGAACUAUUUGUUAGCUGUAAAAGUUUUUAAGAAAGUGUAUGAAUCUCGCAUGAAGGGGAUUGUAAAUAAAGUGUUUGUAGACCUAUUUGUAUUUUACGAACAUAUUUCUUAUUUUACGCUAAUAGCAUUAAAUGCAGAAAGUUUUGCGCAGAA